AGUGCCUUUAGCAUGUAGCUGAGCUGGCUAAUUGAUGCCUGUGUUUCUGUAGUCCAAACAUAUAAUACCGUCACGGUUGGAAGACACCGUAAGAAGAAAAUUACUCUCAAGGGGAAAUUACUUGAAGAUGAAGCCUUCCUGAGGGACGUAAUGGACAAACCGGGCCGAGUCCAUCUGCCCCAGAAGAUCAGUGAAUCAUCCAAAAUUUUCUGCUCGGCUGACCAGCCCCUGGAGGUGCUGCAGGGCCUCAACGAACAGCGGCAACACAACCGAUUCUGUGAUGUGAUUCUGAUCGCUGACGGCCAGCGGGUUCCUGCUCACAGAGCCCUACUGGCCGUCUCCAGCCCAUAUUUCCACGCCAUGUUCACUUUGGGCAUGAGGGAGAAGCACCAGCAAGAGGUGGAACUGGUCGGGAUGUCUAUCAUUGGUCUGAAAGCUGUGAUGGACUUCCUGUACAGCGGAGAGCUGUCACUCGAUGGAGGGAACUUCGACUUUGUGCUGGAAGCAGCGCACCUCUUACAGGUGUGGCGAGUGGUUGAUUUCUGCUGCCAGUACCUGGAGCGGGAGGUGAACGAGGACAACUAUCUGUACCUCCAAGAACUGGCUCAGCUCUACAGUCUGGAGCGUCUCGACACCUUCAUCGACCACUUCAUCCUCGCUCGCUUUGCCACGCUCUCUUUCACCCCCUCCUUCCUUCGGAGUGUCCCUUUACAGAAGCUCACCUCCUACCUGUCCAGUGGUCAGGUAAAGCCCCCUCGCCGAUUACACGUUGGGAGCUACGAGAUGUUUGUACCAUUGUUUUCUCAGAGCUCCUCUUGUCGUCACCAGGUGCAGCAUGACAACGAGCAGGCUCUCCUGCAGGCCUCCCUGCAGUGGCUCAGCCAGAGCCCUGAGCGGGCCGCACACGCCAGAAAACUCCUCUCUCACAUUCGAUUCCCGCUGAUGCCGGUGGGGGACCUCGUGGGCCGGGUGCUGCCGGCGGUGCGAGCCCUGCUGCCCAACAAAGCUGACUGCGAGGCUUUGGUGGAGGAAGCGCUGGGCUACCACGCCAGGCCGAGCGCUCAGCCGCUGCUUCAAACUGAAAGGACCACGCUGCGGGGAGGAGUGGAGCGGCUGCUGCUCAUUGGAGGAGAGGUGUUUGAGCGUGGAGAGGAGUUGAGUGCGAAUGUUUGCCGGCUGGAUAGUGAGACUGGCAGCUGGGAGGUGGAGACGGAGCUGCCGGCCCAGCGGAGCCACCACUGCCUGGCAGUGCUGGGCGGGUUCAUCUUUACCGCCGGCGGCAGCUCAUCAAAGGACAACGGAGGAGAUGCCGCCUGCAACCUGCUGUACAGAUAUGACCCACGGCACAACCACUGGACAAGGGGGGCUCCGAUGAACCAGCGGCGGGUGGACUUUUACCUAGGGGCCGUGGGAGAGUGUCUGAUCGCUGUGGGAGGGAGAAAUGACACCGGAGCACUGUCUUCUGUGGAGGUUUACAACCCUGCAGAGGACUGCUGGUCCUACGUGGCAGAUCUACCCAGGUUCACUUACGGGCACGCUGGGACGGUCCACCAUGGUGUCGUCUACAUCUCCGGUGGUCACGACUAUCAGAUUGGUCCAUACCGGCGAGACGUCCUCAGCUAUGAUCCCUCGCGAGGCGGCGACGUGUGGCUGGAAUGCCAGGAGAUGUCUCUGGCCCGGGGCUGGCACUGCAUGGCCUCCCUCAACAACCUGAUCUACGCCAUCGGAGGUAGCGACGAUCACGCGGACACCACCGAACGCUUCGACAUCCUGCAGGUGGAGUCCUAUGACCCACGCGGGGGCCAGUGGACUCGGGUGGCGCCGCUGCUGCUGCCCAACAGCGAGGCGGGGCUGGCGGUCCGGGCGGGGAGGAUUUACGUGCUCGGAGGUUACAGCUGGGAGAGCAUGUCGUUCUCCAGAGUCACUCAGGUGUAUGACCCGGAUAAGGACUCGUGGUCCAGAGGGCCCGACCUGCCCAAGCGCAUCGCAGGGGCGUCAGCGUGUGUGUGCACCGUUCAGCCCUCACCACCGUCGGCUUUGCCAGAGAAGAAGAAGAAAACGGGACGAGAGGCGAAAGGAAGAUCGCGCCCCAUAACUGCAUAACUGCGGAAAGAGGUGCAGGAAAGAUAAAAACAGAAACAACAGUUACAGGUGGGGCGCUGAAAUCUCCAUCAUGCAAUCAUCGUUCUGUGCUCUGCACGUGGAGUUAACCUUUUUUUUUAACAUUUGGUGAAACCAAAACUAUACUUGACACAUAAAACUCAAAAAGAUGUAAAACAGCCAGAAGAAGACCCAAAACCAAUGUCUGAGAGUGUCAUAACAACCACAAGGUCAUGUCUGAUACUCCAUGCUUGAAGUAUUAACGGUUUGCUUUAAAAAAAAAAAUGUUGAUACUGCUUCCAGUAUCCAGUACAGAACAGCUUAUAAUUGACUGAUUUGUUGUUUUAUAAGUAGUCGAAAUGGCUAACUGCUAGACACAAAGUAAUAAUUAAACAAAACAAAAAUAUCUUUAAAAGUCUCAAGGUUCAUCCAGUAACAUCAUUGUUAUACUCAGAGAGCUCAUAUAACUGAAUACUCAAGUGCUCAGUACUCUAUAAUAUAAUAAAAUAAUUUAAAAAUUGUGUUUUUCAGUUGUGUUUGUGUAAGCUUUGUCUUUUAAAGGAGAUAUAAGACAGAAAAAAGUUUAUUUAUUUGGAUUUUUAAAAUCACAAAGCAACUGUAAGAUUUUGACAUGACACAAACUUGUCAGUUUGUGUGUGAUGAUCCAGGUUUGAAUCAUCCUCCUUCUGUGAGACUUUCAGAUUCACUGGAGGUUGUGACAUCACAAAUCCAGAUCACAGCAGAAUGAUCUAACCUCCCUUUAAAAAAAACAUUUUCCUUAUUUCACAACUUUCUGUUCUUAGUGUACAUCUGAGGUGGGCAGCACAAAGCCUUACAUGGCAGAUUCACAAGGGGCAAACGUGGGUUACUGUCCAAACAGUACACUUUUCUAAAAACAGUACUACUACUAAUCAAAUCAAACCUUUUUUAUAUAGCACUUUUCAUACUAAAUAGAGCAAAGUGCUUUACAUAAUAAAAUCACCAACAUAUAAAAUUGUGGUUAAAACAGGUCAUUUUCAUGCACAUCCUAACAUUGAUGAUACCCACACAGCACACAUGUACCCCCCCAACAUACUCAUAAACAUCAUAAGCACCACUACUACUGUCAUUUAGCAGUCACUUUUAUCCAAAGCGACUUACAUCUGAGAGAACAAACACAAGCAAGAGAUCAUAUAGGAGGGGACAGCUGGAUCAGUGCUGGUCAGACUGCUGGUGCUGCCAUGAUAGCAAUAGAUUUUUGGUUUGUUUCUUUGAUUUUUGUCUUUUUGCACACGCAAGAGCUCACUGUGCUCCUGCAUGUGCAGUGUGUGAGUGCUUACCCGGUGUAUAAGAGCCUUUGAGCUCUUACCGGGGUGAUGAUGGUGUACUUUGUUCUUCGGCUGCUUCAUUACUGCUCUAUUAUUGUCAUUAUUGGACUUCAUUAAUUAUAAAUUGUAAUUGUGUGAUCUGUCCACUUUAUUUAUUUAUGGUACUUUACAGCUGUGCCAUCAUUGAUGCUGAAUACAGAGGACUGUCCAAAAUAUCCCAAAACAUAGCAAAUGAGGCUCCCACCACUUCCAGUGCAUCGACAACAUUACCACCAUUAAUUAGUGC